AUGUCUUAUGCGCCGCUCGAGAAGGAAGAGGCCGGCGUUGGAGGGAACAUAUUCUACAAGAUCUUCAACCACAUCAAUUCCAAGGCAUCGUCUUCUCCCGAUGUUGCGUCUCUCAAGCUGGAAAUUCCCUUCGAAGAGAACUUCCAGGACAAACAGGAAAGCCAGGAUAAUGCUCCAGACCCAAACAAAAUCUCUAAUGAUGAUUUUGCCUUUAACUACUACUUACAGCAGCGACACCCGGGUACCUGGCAAUGGUUCUUGAACUCAACCAGCCAUCAGACAUGGCUAUCCCAAGCCGGGGAGAAACGCCUAGUUCUGGGCGUGCCUGGUGUCGGAAAAUCUGUUCUAGCUUCAGUGGUGCUUGAAGACCUGAGACAGAGGUUCAGGAACGAUGAGUCCAUUGGAGUCGUGGGAUUGUUCUGUGAAGUUUACAAAGAAGAAGGCAUUACGGAUAAACUAAUUCAAAGCUUCUUGACCCAGCUCCGCGGCCCCGAGAAGUCAAAUUCCGCAAAAUACGAAGAGAACAGUAACUUGCCAAUUGACAAAAUGUCAACGCAAGAUCUUUGGACUGGAUCCCAACUAUCGAGAGUCUUCGUCGUCGUUGAUGGAUUGGAUCUGCGAGCACGAGACACAGAAUUCAUCCAGUGGUUACUGGACAUCAUUGCUGGGCAACCAAAAGUCAGCUUGCUUUUCACUUCCAGAAUUAUCCCGACGAUCCACAACGCGUUACUGGACUUCCCGAUCCAGGAUCUGCGGGCCACGGAAGCUGACAUAUCAGCAUAUGCACUCAAAUCUCUUGCUACGGCGAUGACAAUUAAUAUCUAUCCAGGACAACUAGAGGAACUUGAGGAGAGGACGGUGACUUUUGCAGAAGGAGUGUUUCUAUUUGCUAAAGCCCAUAUUGAUGCCUUGAAGGACAGCCAACGAAUGGAAUACUUGAGCAAUCUUGCCUUGUUGCAGAAUUCUCGAGCCAUCAACGACUUCUAUAAAAAGAUCAUGCUGCGCGUCCAACAAUCGAAGAUGGGCAACACCCUGAGUGCAUGGAUGGCGCACUCUGACUAUAUUUUGGAAAAGCCGCAAGCCCAAAACUUGAUAGGGUUUAUUCUCAACGACUGCGCUUCAGACUCUGGGACAUUUCUGGAUGUAAACGCAGUCAUCUCUUCUUGUGCUGGGCUUGUCCUGGAAAGCUCAGAGAACUGUCUGACAUUCUUUCACCACACGACAGACGAGUAUUUUCGUCAAACACGGGAUACGUGGUUUCCAGGCGCCGCCGAGGAACAAACGGAAAUUUGCUGCAAGUAUCUCUCCAUGGAUGCUUUUGCAGCAGGUCCCUGCCUGUCAGACGAUGAGUGGGAAGAACGCUUGCUUCAACAUCCUUUCUACAUACACGCGGCUCUAGCAUGGGGUCUCUAUGCCCGAAAAGCGCUGGACAAGCAUAAAGAUGCAACGGAUACAGAAGCCAAAGACAGAGUACGUGGCGCCAUCUUGGGAUUUCUUAGAAGGGAUGUCAACGUCCAGGCAGCUGUCCAAGCCUUGAAAGUGGAUGAUACAGAGUCACACUCUUCGGGAUGGAGCCAGGUGUACCCGAAACAAUGGACAAACAUUCAUCUUGCGGCCUACUUCGGGCUGACGGAGAUAUUGGACACAAUGCUUCCUGAGGAUGGCGUACUUUGGGAUACCAGCAUAGACGGCGUCUACUCCCCAAUCAUAGUAGCUGCGGAACGAGGACAUCACUCCACGCUAAGUUUCAUGCUGGGAAAGCUGAUUGAUCGAAGCGGAAGGUUGCUGACUGGUUUGUACGGAAUGGUUGGCCAUUUGGCCCUCGAAGGAGCCGCUCAGAACGGACAUGAACCCAACGUUCGGUUGUUGCUGACCUAUGGUGCUGAUCCUAACGGUAUCGCUGGAUCAAUCACGCCGCUCUCCUAUGCCGUCAAAGAUGGCCACACCAACGUAGUGGAGACGCUGCUGGAGUAUGGGGCAGACCCGAACCUCAAAACCGAAGUAGAGGGUCCACUGGACCUGGCCGUCAAGAACGGACGGGAAGACAUCGUCACCUUGCUCAUCAAACAUGGAGCGUCCCUCGACAAGAAGGGCUCAGCCCCGUCGGGCUCGACCACCCCUCAGCACAUAAACCCUGAAAUCGUACCGUUCAUGCUGAAAGACGGCGUUGGGGUAAACUACAGGAAUGAUGACGGCUUCACGGCACUUCAUAUCUCUUCAAUAAGCGGUCAUAUCGAUACCGUGAGAAUCCUGCUUAACCAUGGAGCAGAUGCAACCAUUAUGGACAAUUCGGGCGCUACGCCCUUAGAUUAUGCCAUCGAUGGAGGUCAUGAAGAAGUGGUGAACUUGAUCUUGGAAAAUGGUAGCGAAUUUCAGGGCUUGGUCGACAGCACCGCAGAUCAUGUAAGUUAG